AAGCAUGCGACGCUGAAACACUCGAAGGUUUUUGGCUCAGUCUCCUCACUUGCUCGUGACAUCUAUAGAUGUAGCUCCACAGACAAGCAUACAAUUCUGUCCUGCCUUCUCUGUUUCGAAGAGUUCUUCUGAGGUUUGAAGCUUUUACUUGCAUGCUCUUCAGCCAGAAUUCAACCAUAAGUCGUCCCAGAAGAGCCAAAUGUCUGUCGAGAUCCUCAACUACUGAAGAUCGGACGAGGUUUCCUCCACUGCUGGAAAGAAGUAGAAAAUAGAAAUUAGUGUUUGCAUUUCUGUCAUUGUGGUAGCUGUUAUGCCGAGCAGCUGGACGUGACUGCUACUGCUUUCAAAGUUGAUCACUUUUAUGGUUUUCCUCACGGCCGCUCUCAUCGACAUCGUCGAAGCUGCAGCCACUCCUGCUGUGGGGGACUUGAUGUAUGCAGAAAUUUGUCGUCCGGAUGACAGUGAAAUACAGAAGACGGCGAUCCCGAACUCGGGAACGACGCCAGAUGAAGCAGCGAGGACGAUAAUGGAAGUCAGGGGGAAGAAGUCGAGGAGGCGAAGGAUGAUUCCCAAACGCCUGGACUUGAAGUUGGAGUUCAAGAAUUUGACGUACAUCAUGCGCAAGUCCGUCAAGGAGCGGUGCGAGUGCUGGAGUACCAACAAGGAUAGAAUUCGGUCGGAGAUCGGGAAUCAGAAGAACGUUCUGCUGCACAACAUUUCCGGAGUGGUGAGAGGGGGAGAGAUCCUGGCCGUGAUGGGAUCCAGUGGGUCUGGCAAGUCCACUCUGAUCGAUGCGCUUGCUCAGAGAAUUGCCAAUCACAGCUUACAGGGAAGCAUCACUUUGAACGGGGAGGAAGUCAAACACAACAUCGGAUUGAUGCGCAGCAUCUCGGCCUACGUCAUGCAGGACGAUCUCUUGUUUCCCAUGCUCACUGUGAAGGAGACUCUGCGAUUCGCUGCCGAGCUGCGUCUGCCCAGUAGCUCUGCCGAGAAGAGCUCUAGGGUCAGGGAAGUGAUCAAGCAGCUGAAUCUGUCGAAAGUGGAAGACACGAUCAUCGGCGAUGAAGGACACCGCGGUGUGUCGGGAGGAGAGAGACGACGAGUCUCGAUCGGCAAAGAGAUUGUGCACGAUCCCCUGCUCCUCUUCCUCGACGAGCCGACGUCGGGCUUGGACUCCGCCAAUGCCUACACCGUCGUAGAAACUCUGCUGGAAAUAGCUCAAACCGGGAGCAUCGUGAUGCUGUCGGUGCACCAGCCGAGCAUGCGCAUUUUGAAGCUGGUGACGACGCUGCUGCUCAUCGCGGAUGGCAGAACCAUUUACUGCGGGCCGCCUCGAGGCAUGAAGGACUUCUUCGGCACGAUCGGGUACGAGUUCAACGAGGGAGACGUGACGGAGUCGGUGCUGGAUCUGAUGCAGGAGUUUCACAAAGCCCAAGUCCCCGUCACGGGCCUCGUGGAAGAGUUCCAGAACUACGCUGCCAAGUUGGAGAACGAGGCAGCAGCCAUCGACAACAACAUAGAAUCCGUCAUCGGCUGCGAUGCCUCUUCGUCAUCGGAGCCCGAUCCCGAGUCCUUGCUGCCCACGGGAGUGAGAGGGGCUCUGGCUGCGAGCAUUGCCCGAGGCAAGCUGGUGGGAUCCCACGCCUACCGCAAGCAGUACGACGACAUGGACACGCUGGUCCACAAGUUUGCCAACUCGUGGGCGCGAGAGGUUUACGUGCUGGCCUGGAGAGGAGCUCUCAAUCUGAAGCGCACUCCCGAUCUCUUCCUCAUGAGACUCGUCACCGUCACCGUCUCCGGCGUGUUCCUGGCCACUAUAUUCUGGAGACUCGACCAUUCCCCUCAGGGUCUCAAAGAACGCCUCGGCUUCUUCGCCUUCGCCAUUUCCACCACUUACUACACUUGUGUCGACACUCUUCCCAUUUUCCUCCAGGAGAGGUACAUUUUCAUGCGAGAGACAGCGCACGAUUCGUACCGAAUUUCGUCGUACGUGUUCGCCAUCGGCCUGAUCAACAUUCCCUUCCUGCUACUGCUGUCGUUCACCUUCUCGAUCGCCACCUUCUGGUCGGUGGGGCUGACAGGAGGGCUCGACGGGUUCCUGUUCUUCCUGGUGGUGGUGUGGGCGUCCUUCUGGGCCGGCAACUCGUUCGCAACCUUCCUCUCGGCCGUCAUUUCCAAUGUGAUCAUGGGGUAUACGAUAGUGGUGGCGGUGCUGGCCUACUUCCUGCUGCUGAGCGGAUUCUUCAUCAGCAGAAGCCGGAUCCCCACCUACUGGCUCUGGUUUCACUAUCUGUCGCUGAUCAAGUACCCUUACGAGGCCGUGCUGCUGAAUGAAUUCGAUCGCAGCAGCAGCGAAUGCUACGAGACGGCGGACCAGAUCUUCUACGGCACCCCGUUCGCGGGAUCGGAGGCCAUCUCGAGCUACGUGCUGGCGCAGAUGAGGACUCUGCUGCGGGGCACGGUGUACAGCGACCUGAACGCCUCGACGUGCAUGGUGCACGGAUCGGCCGUUCUCCGGAGCCAGAGCGUCGGCGGUCUGAGCAAGUGGGAGUGCUUGGGCCUCACCGUUUGCUUCGGCCUCCUCUACCGCCUCCUCUUCUACGCCGUCCUGCGCAUCUCCGGCAAGGUCAAAAGGCACUGAGAUUUCCAUCGCCCUGAACUGAACUGAACUGAACUGAACUUCAGUUCAGCUUUGACUCAUCUCACUCGAUGUUUGAGCUUUUUGUACAUACGUAUAUCAUUGUCGUCAUCAUUGAACUGUGAUCACUCGAACGAAGUUGCAACCCAUUCAGCACUGCUUCACCAAAUGUGUACAGAGCAAAGCUGCUGUCUUGUCUUGACGCCAGAGUCUGGCUGGCGCUUUCCGGACAACGAGGCCUACAUAGAGAGAUCGAGAAAUAGAGCAGAAGAGAAGAGAAGAGAAGAGAAGAGAAGAGAAGACAAUAGGAAGGAGUGAUUCCGAGUGUAGCCGGGUUCUAGAAGUAGGUUUUUAAUUGCUGGGCGUUAAUCCGACCGAGCGAACGAGCGUGGAACUCACUUAGAAACUUCUCUUUGCAGAGAGUGGAGAUUUUUAUUCCGCAUGUGUUUCAUUCAUUCAUUUAUUCAUUCAGUCAUCCGAG